UGCAGGUCACCGGGGUCCGUCGUGCGGGCGUGGGGCCGUGUCCUGUCCCCCCUUCCCCAGGCUGCCGUGGGGGCUGCGUGGGCGCGUUCCCUCGGGGCCCUGGCCCGGGCUCGCCCCGCAGCACGGGGGGGGAGCGCUGGUACGUGCCUCCUCCCGCGGUUGUGCAGCUGUGAGCGAGGGGUAAGGUGCAGACGCUCAGGGGGUGAUGGCAGCAGGGCUGCUGCCGCUCCCGGUGCCUCGGGAGAAGCGAGGGGUGCCCAGCUUUCCUCCAGCCUCAGUUUACCGGAGCUUGGAUGUCGGCCCUGGGGGAAACGGCGACCUCCACGACCUCUGCCUGCCCCACCGGACACUGGUGUGUGGGAACGGGUAGUGAGCGGUGCCCACAGCAGGGCUCCGAGUGGGCAGAAUGCCCUGGGGCAGAGGUGCCCGAUUUCCUCCUGCAUCCCAUACCAGAAUGGGUCACCAACCGUACACGUUCCCAGAAACGUGUGUGGUGGUGAGAGUAGUUCCUAGCGUUAGGUCUGGGCUAUGUUUGUUUCCAGAAACGUUCCCCGGGUGCUCUGCAGAGCCCUCUCUCUUCCUGGGUUCUUUUUGCAGGUGCGUGCCCUGAUGAUUUCUGUCCUCAUCCUUUUCUAAUGCAAUGCCUCUUUGUGGUUUUCUCCUCUUUUCCAUGUGCCUGCCCAAAGAUCUCCUCUGUCUGACGUCCCCGAGGCUCGCCUUCUCCAGCACGCAGCUGAUACCAUGGGGAAGUCCUCAUUCAGACCCCACGUGCAAACCCAAGUCUUCAUUUUGUGGAAGUUAUUUGGCUAUCACCUUUUUGUUGCUGCCUUCUGAAUAACUGUAUGCUAAGCUUUGUUGUGGAGCGUGGGAGGAUCCCUCAUGGAGACGCAAAUUAAUGAAGAGCAUACAUAUGUGUACAUAGCAGAAGUUCCUUUAAACCUAAAUCUGCAUGGUAAUGCUCCAUUAAGCUGAUUUUAAAGACUUUUCCCUUUCAGAUUGUACGCUGUUGCUUUCUGUGUGCUGUGAAAGGGGACCUGGCUCCUCUUCUCCGUGUGCUGCAGACAUCGGCUUUGGUGAGGUCUGUGUCUUUGGCGGUGAAGUUCAGCCCCCGCGUUUCGCUCCUCUGUGACCUCAGCGCUCUCUGUCUCUCAAAACCAUGCUUUUUUCUUGAGAAGUUUAGGCCCAUUUAAUACUAAAGUUGAUCAGAAACUCUUUAAACCCUCCUCCUGGCACAUUAUUUUUGGAUUUAUUCCUGUUUCUCCUUUUACAAUGGUUUAUUGCUCAGCGCUGAACUGUCAAAAUGCCACCAGCGGGGUGUACAAGAACAACACCGUUACUUUCUAUGGCUUUCCUUUACAAAAUAAACCUCUCUUGAAGCAGUGGAUUCACAACAUGGGCCGGGAUAUGGGAACGCCAUCCAAGCAUCAGCGACUGUGUUCCAAGCAUUUUGAGGACAGUUCUUUUGAAAUUGACCCCUUAAAAAUUAGAAAAAACAGACGUCUGCUGAAAGAAGCCGUUCCCAAAAAAUUCAUUUUGAGUGAAGACGGAAACUGGCUCGUUGGCACACCUCGAAGUUUCUGUGGUGGGAUAAGUAAUAAAACUCGAAAACGAAUCCGGAAUCCUGAGCACUCGAGGGUCCCUGGGACAUUUGAUAAUGCUGCAGCGCGUGAGGGGAAGGACUUGGAAGACUGGCAGAAAGAACUUCACAAGAAAGUGAUAAAGGAGAAUUAUGAAUCUUUAACCACCUUGGGUAAAGAGUGUCCUGUUCCCAAAAGCACUAUCCAGGCCAGAGAAGCACUGCGUGUCAGGGAUCAGCAGGAUUUUGAGGAAAGGGGGAUUCCCGCAGGUGCGUGGUGGUCUGAGACUCACCAGAAAUUCAGUUGGCAAAACUGCACAGGCUGUAGGAUCAGAGGGAGGGGGGAUUCUAAUGCACCCCUGUUUUUUUUUACCCAGACCUUAUUUUGUUUGUACGGGUGCAGCCACAGUGAACUGAGAAUUUUUGGUUUUAGAGAUUCGUGUUAUACCAGGUCAGACAAAGGGAACGUUUGGAAUCUCUCUGUUCCAGGCUGCGGUGGGACUGCGGUCGCAUCCGAGUUGCAGAGUCACCCAAAGAGCGCAGAAAAUACAGAACUGCAUGGGUCAUUUUCUGGAGGACCCCGAGACCUGACUUGCCAGAUUUUGGGCAAGGGGGUGACGUCUGAGAGUCAUCAGGAUUCAGCAGCACAUCAAGCAAAUCCAGUGGGAAGCAGAAGAGGUAACAGUUCCCUUGAGGAAGGGGAACCUAAUGAAUUCAAAGAGAUCCGUUUUUAUCAGCAAACCUGUACAGGAGAAAGACCGUAUCUGUGUACAGAAUGUCAGAAGACUUUCAAACUGAAAAUCGGACUCCUGAAACAUAAGCAAACUCACACCAAAAAGAGUGGGGUAUCAUCGUACAUAUGCACAGACUGCGGUAAAAGCUUUGGUCGCCACACAGACUUGAUUCGACACCAGAGGACUCACACAGGGGAGAGGCCUUACAAGUGCACGGAAUGUGAAAAAAGCUUUAUGGAAAAACCGAGACUCACCAAUCACUUGCGAACUCAUAACGUGUACAUGUAAUCUGUCUGCCAAAAGCUUUCCUGGGAUAGAUUUCCCAUUCACCGAUCAAAAAAUCCACCUCCAUCCAGAGAUGAUGGCUUAUAGUCAUAUAUUGAUGAUAGGGGAAGCUUUAGGAUAAGACAGUUUUUAAUAAGAUUGAAUCAAGUUCAAGCGUGAAAAGCAUCUGGUUGGUGCCAGGCUAACAGUCAUUGAUUAGGAGCUGAUUUUAAUUAGCAGCUAGAUGAUUCAUAUCUGGGAGGAGGAGUUGUACAGAGCAGUGCUGACUGUACCAAAAGCGUUAUUAAAAAAAUCUUCUGGCGCACCAAACAGCACGUGCUAGAGAACGUCUGUAGUAAUGCAGAAAAAUGCUGGAAGCUUUUCAGGUAGGAGAAGGCUGAGAAAAUGUCACGAUCAGAACGGGAUUGUCAGCAGAGCUGUAAGCAGGAAACGGAGCCUCUAAGAGCGUAGAUUGAGGUGGACGGUUGGGUUCGAUGAAGAACGGCAACCAAAAAAGCCAGUUAGUUCAGCAGUCACAGCCACAGGACAGCAGCGGCGGCAGUGAAAGCACUGCUUCAUGGAAAUAAUGACCAGAAUCAGUUGCGUCAAACAUCUAUUCACAAUUUGAUUUCUGAGAUUCUGGAAAAGCGUGUGGGUAUAUUCUUAAUGUACGUACAAAGUCUGGGUAACGUUACUCAAAGCAAGCGGUGGCUUCAGCUACAGGGAGGAGAUCAGCGGAGAGGACGGGAGUCUGCAGAGGCAGCUUUUGUAGACCACGCAUCUUCUCACCACAGGCUGGUGCUAUUCAGCAUUUUUGUGUAUUCCAGCUGAGUGCGAAGAGUGAGGAAGUCAUGUUACCGCCAGUUCAAGCACCUGCUUUGCAGUGAGCCCGUGAGUGAAGUCGAUGUCCUCGGCUUCCCCUGAGGAACAGUAGAGCAAGAAACAGCUGGUGCUGUGGUGGAGUUUGUAAGUUCUGAAGGGGAUUGGGGGAAGACACUUGGCCCCAAGGGAUCCCUGCCCAUCCCAAAGACAGGAGUAAUGUCCCCAAGGCUAUUAUGAGAAGGAAAUAAUGAGAAGCCAGUGAUAAAAGACUUUUCUGGACACCUUUUCCUUUCUUCUUCUCCCACACAGCUUAACCCCUUAGUGGUCAGAAGCACGCUGUGCGCUCCUCAGCGAGGAUUCUUUGGAGCCAGGUGAUUCCUUGCAGAGCAAAUCCUGUAAAAUGCCACCCCGCCAAAACUGCGGUUCCCUCUGUGACACAGUUGAACGCCUGGAAUAUCGAGGCUGAAUCUGGCGUCUGGUCGCAGGCCUGCAGCGGUUCGUGGGCUGCUGGAAGUAAACCAUGGAUGAAAGACCUCGCGUAGGAAGCUCUGCCUCCUUCCCCCACUUGCAAGCCCAGAGCUAAGGAGCGUCCGACCAGGCAGAGUUGAUCGCUUAAAUCUUGAGAUUUUUUUUUAUGUGCUGAAAGACAAAUAAUCACCUUGUUUAGAGGUUUAAGUGGAGACACAGAUUAAAUGGAGUUGGAAAGCCCCGCAGGCAGUGUGGCUACCUGAAAUGACGACAGUGUGUAGCGUUUCGCUUGCUUGAAAUGCUGAGCGAAUCUUAAACAACAAAAUUAAGCAAAAAUCUUGAAGCUCAGUAGUAAAACUCGGUGUCUCCCACGUGAGCAGCAUUGGAAGAUUAGCUCUUCUGCGGGCACGGUGAGGGGGAACAGCUACAGGGGUUGUGGUAGCUGCAGAGCAUAUUCCGUGGUCCUGUUCUUACAGCAAAAGUUCAGAUGGGGGGGGGGAAUCCAGAGUCAGAACCUUUGAAUGACUUGUGUCCUGAGAAAUGAGCUACAGAGAACCAGGAAGAGACUCUGUCUAUGAUUUGGUGAAAACUUUUGUCUCAGUUUUCUUUCUCCUGUAAGCAGAAGGGCUCCGGUGUGGCAGGUGGAUUUCUCCCAAGAUCCUGACCCUCUCACCUGAAACGCAGAGCACAUGCGGAGAGAGAUGUCGAUGCGGAGAUCCAGCAGGAAGGAAGUUUUGUUGGGUUUUGUUUCUGAUAUAGACCCUCCUUCCCGUUCCACUGAUGCCGGUAGGAAUUUUGCCUUGAUUGAGCCCUGGCUUAGCCCAGGAUGAUUAAACAAAGAGUUUAAGUGCGAGAGUAAUCGUUCCCUCCGCGUGUUGCUGUUAUAAACUUCAAAAAUAGUUAUUUCUGAAGCCGUAUUUAAAGAUUCUGUUUCCAGUCUCCAUGGAAAAAUAACACUAAAAAGUAAACCACUAAAGAUUUAUGCUCAGUGCUAAGGGAUGGGAAACGUUGCUGCGCAGAGGUUACUCGUUCCUGUACCCGAGGAGCAUCUCACCGUAGAGCAAAGCCGCCUGCUCUCAAGACAACCGGUGACGUGAUGCCCUCCCACGCGUCCGCUUUUACUGGCCAGGGCGUCUCUUCGGGUACCUUGGGCUAAGGUGCAGCGUUGUCCCCCUUGUCACCUUACCUAAAUAACCUGCACGAUGAACGUGCUGCUUAAAUUUUAAAAAGAAGAAAAAAAAGUAGCGUUAAGGUAAGCGUCAGAGAGCGCAGCGAGAUAAACAAUUAUUCCAGCCCAAAGCUUAGGCUGAGGGAGAACAGAGCAAACCUGACUGAAGCGGGGUAAGAAUCGGGAAAGCCUUUAGCGCGGUGUCUGCUGGGGUGCCUGAGGUGGGAAACGAGCGGAAGGGAUGUAGAAACUCACCGUUCCUUGCCUGAGUCACCGGGACACACAUGGGAAUCGUGAGAUCCUCUGAAUUCCUCUCUGGGAAACCAUUUUAAUCCUCCCGUAACAGGGAGAGUAAGAGUUUUUCAUAGACUGAGCUGAGAAUACUUGCCUUGAGAAAUAACGUUCGUGCACUGGGAAACAAGUGACUGCCUGAACUGUUGGGUUUGUGCAGUCAGAGAUUAAAAAAGGCAGAUCUUUAGCAAGGUAGAUUUUUUUUUUUUUAAAGAGAAUCUCCAAGUCCUAAAAAAAAAAAAAAGGCAAGCUUUAGGUCAUGCUUAAUCUGCAAAUGUAAAGCUUGCCUGCUGUGUAGCACUUUGUCAGGAGUAGCGUUGACAGAAACACAUUUGAGAAUGAAACAUUUUUAGUUUUAAGAGCCCUUAUGUUCUCUAAACGGUAGAAACAAGGUCAGGGUGUAGCAUGUGAGGUUUUUCAGCCCUCUCUGGUUUAAUUAUGCGGUAUGGAUUGCCGUCUGAAGUGUCCUCCCCCUUCUGUUCUCUUCAGUUUGCAAAUUGAGAGGUCUGGCGUUUCAUGGUUAAUGUCGAUAAAAGAUUAUUUCCCUUUAAAGUUUCU